AUUGAUACGUGUCGAUCUUUUCGUGAAUUUAUUUAGUAAAUUAAUUAAUUUAUAUUACUGAACUUUCUCGUUUUACGUUAAAUUAAAUCAAUUCCCAUGUAAAUAAAUACUUUAACUAACAGUGUUCUUAAAUGUAGGUUAAAAUUUUUGUUGUUUACAUUUUUUAUCGUUGUAUAUUUCACAACAUUGUUUCACCGACUGAAAGGAAUAAUUGAAAUAUGAUUGAGUUACCUCGGAUAACGAGAGCCCUAAGGGCUCACACUCAGUUGGACAAACCACGCUGUUUGAAGCCGACUAUAGACCCUACGAAACCGCUGCAGGUGAAGAAGAAGAAUUUACAGAAAUACAAAUCAUUCACCGAUAUCUACAACUAUGUAAAACAGAAUGAACCGAAUUCAAAUCAAAUCCUAAAACUCUUGGCGGAAUUGAAAGAAGCCUGUAAGCUGCUAACAGGAGAUCAAUCUGAUGAAAUCAUAGAAGACGCCACAGUAAUGAGCUUGAGGAUGUUUCUAGAUCAAGAUAUUGUGAUGUUAAAACAUCUGUCUCAGUUGAGGCAAACAUUCGGCACUGUUACUUCAGCUACUGCAAAUAAAAUUUGUGAUAUAGUAACAAAAAUAUCAGAAGACCUUAUGGAUGAAACAAAAGACUACAUUCGUACCGAAGAGGCCGAAUCUAAUAAAGAGAACAUCAAGCUAUGGGGCGACCACAUACAAUGCCACUACAUCCCAUACAAACCAGUGAAGAAACCGCUGGCCAAGCUGACGAGCAAGCCGGCAACCGCUAGUGCGUUUGUCACUGAUUUUUCUAUGAAGUAUAACAGUGAGGCUGCCAAACCUAGUAGUAGUGUUACUAAAGUUCCUGCCCCUGGUCCUGAGUCUAAAUUUGGCAAAACCUGGCUAGAAACAAAAGUGAAAGGCCAAUAUGAGAACGUAGAGGGCAUAUCAAGCGUGGACAUUCUACAAUCCAUUAUAACUCUAUUGAAUUCUCCCCGGAGUAAUGAUGAGAUGCAAAAUGAUCUGUUCGAGUUGCUCGGCUUUGAUAAGUUUGAGUUCAUACAGGAAAUACUGGAACAUAGGAAUGAUAUUAUCAAUAGUUUGAAAGCACCUCCGCCUGGACCUACAUUGUCUGAAAUUGCAGCAAUACUCCCCGAGAACAAAAUGCCUCAGUACUUAUGCCAGGUGUCAGUGCUAUCUGAACAGGAGAAGAUGUUAGCCAAGCUCAUGAGGAAGGAGGAGAAGAAAGCCAAGAACAGGAAGAAUGAUGACGAUGAUGAGGAACAGGAGAUUAAUAUUGCUCAGAUGAGGGCUAAACGGCUUGCCGAAUUAUCAAAGCCAGUAGUACCAUUUUCUACAUCCAGAUCAGCGAACAACAUCGACCCUGUGCUACAAAAGAUCUCGUAUUUCCAAACCAAAGUGCAAUAUCCCAACGUUUAUGAUUCUUCUAUUGAUGCCAAAAAUUCUGCUGGUUUUGUAUCGGGCCUAAAGUUGAUACUUCCCGAGAACGCGAUAAGGAAGGAUAAUAAAGAAUAUGAAGAGGUGAUUAUACCGAAGAACGAUCCCCCGCCGCUCACUGUGGGCAAUCAAAGAGUGCCUAUUGCUGAACUAGAUGAGAUCGGUCAAAUGGCUUUUGAAAACGUAAAGGAACUGAACAGGAUACAAUCUGUAGUCUUCCAAACGGCUUACAAUACAAAUGAAAACCUCUUGAUUUGCGCGCCAACGGGUGCCGGUAAAACUAACAUAGCUCUGUUAACUGUGGUGCAUCAAAUCAAACAGCAUAUCGAGAAUAAUGUCAUUAUGAAGAAUAAGUUUAAGAUUAUCUACAUAGCCCCAAUGAAAGCUUUAGCGUCAGAAAUGACAGCGAGUUUCGGCAAGCGACUCAAAGGCCUCGGUAUUCUAGUGAGAGAGUUAACUGGUGACAUGAAACUCACUAAAACUGAAGUCCAACAGACGCAAAUGAUUGUUACUACGCCUGAGAAAUGGGAUGUCGUUACUAGGAAGGGAGCUACUGAUACCGAACUUGCGUCUAUAGUAAAACUAAUAAUAAUAGACGAGGUACACUUAUUACACGGCGACAGAGGUCCCAUUGUCGAAGCGAUAGUCGCUCGAACGUUACGACAAGUCGAGUCUACACAGAAUAUGAUACGUAUUGUCGGACUGUCUGCUACACUGCCUAAUUAUUUGGAUGUAGCUAGGUUCUUGCGCGUGAACCCAAACAUCGGUCUAUUCUUCUUCGACUCUCGCUUCCGUCCAGUGCCGCUGGAACAACAGUUCAUCGGCAUCAAGGAGUCCGGUAGCGGUGGCAUGUCACAUCUUAGACAGAUGCAAUCAAUGAACGAGAUAUGCUACGACAAAGCGGCCGACAUGGUUCAAAAAGGUCAUCAAGUCAUGGUAUUCGUCCACGCUCGGAACGCGACUCACCAAACGGCCAUGGUGCUCAAAGAAUUAGCUCAAAAAAAGGGUCAUUUGAAGUACUUUGAGCCAGAAGACUCGGGUGCUUUUGUUAAAGCCAUGAAGUCUAUAAGUAGUAGUCCUAAUAAGCAACUGGCUGAGCUGUUUGCGAGUGGGUUUGCUUGUCAUCAUGCUGGUAUGCUGAGGAGUGACAGGAAUAUGGUGGAGAAAUACUUUGCGGAAGGAUUUAUAAAAGUGUUAGUUUGUACCUCCACGCUGGCGUGGGGUGUCAACUUACCAGCUCACGCUGUUGUUAUAAGGGGUACAGAAAUCUACGACCAAAGCCACGGCACAUUCGUAGACCUCAGCAUACUGGAUGUGCUACAAAUCUUCGGCCGCGCGGGCAGGCCGCAGUUCGACACGUCGGGCACCGGCAUUAUAAUCACUACGCACGAUAAACUGACGCACUAUCUCAAGUCCAUGACUAAUCAGUUCCCUAUUGAGAGCAACUUUAUUAAUUUGUUAGCUGAUAAUUUGAAUGCUGAGGUCGCUCUAGGCACUGUGACAAAUAUCGAUGAAGCCGUUGAAUGGUUAAGUUACACAUACCUAUUUGUCAGAAUGAGGAUUAAUCCACAGGUGUAUGGUCUAACGUAUUCAGACGUACAAGAAGAACCAAUGUUGGAAACUAAACGUCGUGAGCUCAUCACUGCGGCGGCCAUGCAGUUAGAUAACACUCAUAUGAUACGAUAUAAUGAAAGGACUGGACAGCUUAAUAUUACUGAUCUGGGCCGCACAGCGAGUCACUACUACAUAACGUGCGAGACGAUGGAGGUGUUCAACUCUAUGGUUCGCAAGUCUAUGACGCAAGGAUACGUGCUGGAGAUGCUUACCAGGUGCUCUGACUUCCAACAGCUUAAGGUCCGCAAAGAAGAGCUAACAGAACUCUGGAGUCUAAAAGACCAGUACUGUGAGUUACGCAUAGAAGACGCACCAGAGGACAUACACUGGAAGAUCAACAUACUGCUACAAACUUACCUGUCGAGGGGACGUGUCAAUGGAUCCUCGUUACAGUCUGAUCUUAAUUAUAUUAGUCAGAACGCCGUCCGUAUAAUCCGCGCCCUCUUCGAAAUAACUCUCCGCAAGAAUAACGCUUACAUGGCCGGCCUAUAUCUCAAAAUGGCGAAAAUGUUAGAACUGCAACAGUGGGACUUCUACAGUGACAUGCGACAGUUUAACUGUUUCACUAUAGAGACGCUCAAACACAUUGAGUAUCCGAUGCUCAAGCCUGAUCAGAUCAGGGACAUGGAUUGGAAGGAGAUUGGUGAUUUGAUACGUAACCCUAAGAACGCCCGUCAUCUGAAGAAAUGUGCGGACGAGUUUCCGCUGCUAGAAAUGGAGGCUAGCUUACAUCCUAUCACGAGAACUGUGUUGAGAAUACGACUCUCUAUCACGCCUAAUUUCAAAUGGAACGACAAGUACCACGGCAAAGCGCCCGAGGCGUUCUGGAUCUGGGUGGAGGACCCGGAGACAGACAUCAUGUACUACCACGAGUACUUCCUCAUCACUAAGAAACAGGUGAUAACAAAUGAACCGCAAGAGUUGGUGAUAACAAUACCAAUCAGCGAGCCGUUACCUCCGCAGUACUACAUACGAGCUACAUCUGAAAGGUGGUUAGGAUCAGAAAGUGUGCUGCCACUCACAUUCCAGCACUUGAUACUGCCUGAAACUCAUCCACCUCACACAGAUCUCCUAGAACUCCAACCGCUACCAGUGACGGCACUCAACAACCCUGCUUUCGAGAUGCUGUACAAUUUCAGCCACUUCAACCCCAUACAGACGCAGAUAUUCCACUGUUUGUACCAUACGGACCAUAAUGUGCUGUUAGGAGCCCCAACUGGUUCCGGCAAGACUAUUGUAGCUGAGGUGGCUAUGUUUAGAGUGUUUAAUCAGUACCCUAAUUGUAAGGUGGUUUAUAUAGCGCCAUUGAAAGCUCUCGUCAAAGAAAGGAUAAAAGACUGGAAAGUGCGACUUCAAGAGAGAUUAGGAAAACAAGUCGUUGAGUUGACAGGUGACGUAUCCCCGGACAUCCGGGCGAUUCGCAAUUCCCACGUGAUAGUCACAACUCCUGAGAAGUGGGACGGCAUCAGUCGCUCGUGGCAGACGCGCAACUACGUCAGAGAUGUCGCCCUCAUCGUUAUCGAUGAGAUACAUCUGCUCGGCGAGGAUAGAGGACCUGUGCUCGAAGUUAUUGUGUCCAGAACAAACUUCAUAGAAUCGCACACAUCUCGAAGGCUCCGUAUCAUCGGAUUAUCAACAGCUCUCGCGAACGCUAAGGACUUGGCCAACUGGCUGAACAUUGGAGAGAUGGGGCUGUAUAACUUCAGGCCUUCUGUUAGACCUGUGCCUUUAGAGGUACACAUAUCAGGGCACCCGGGGCGGCACUACUGCCCGCGCAUGCUGACGAUGAACAAGCCGACGUUCCAGGCGAUACGCACUCACUCCCCCUGCGCCCCUGCACUUGUCUUCGUCUCCAGUCGACGACAGACCAGGUUAACAGCUCUAGAUCUCAUCGCAUAUUUAGCAGCGGAAGACAAUCCGAAACAAUGGCUGCACAUGCAAGAAUCAGAAAUGGAGCAGAUUCUAGCCAACAUCCGGGAAUCAAACCUCAAGCUCACGUUAGCGUUCGGCAUAGGCAUACACCAUGCGGGUCUGCAUGAACGAGAUAGGACUACUGUUGAAGAGCUGUUUAUUAAUCAGAAGAUACAGGUGUUAAUCUGCACAGCAACACUAGCAUGGGGAGUGAACUUCCCAGCGCACUUAGUAGUGAUCAAAGGCACGGAGUACUAUGAUGGGAAACAGAAACGAUAUGUCGAUAUGCCCAUUACUGAUGUCCUGCAGAUGAUGGGAAGAGCUGGACGACCACAGUAUGACAACGAGGGUGUGGCUGUAGUACUAGUCCACGAUCAAAAGAAGAAUUUCUACAAAAAGUUCCUGUACGAGCCUUUCCCAGUCGAGUCCAGUCUGCUGGACGUAUUGCCCGACCAUCUUAACGCUGAGAUUGUGGCUGGCACCGUCCAAACAAAACAAGACAUUCUAGAUUACAUGACCUGGACGUAUUUCUUCCGGCGUUUGCUGAAGAACCCCUCAUACUAUAAUUUGGAGAGCGUAGAACCGCAGGAUGUUAACUAUUACCUGUCCAAUUUAGUGCAAAGCUCGCUCGAUGCGUUGGCUAAUGCGAAUUGUUUGGAGAUUGAAGAGGAUCUACGCACAGUCCACUGCACCUGGAUGGGCCGCAUCGCAUCCUACUACUACUUAUCAUACAAGACCAUGGCCCACUUCACCCGCAACUUGCACAGCAACAUGAACAUGGACGAGCUGCUGCGAGUGUUAGCCGAUAGCGAGGAGUACUCCACGCUGCCUGUCAGACAUAACGAGGACUUACUUAAUGGUGAACUGUCCCAACAAUGCCGUCUCCCCGUAGACGCUCUAAGCCUGGACUCAUCGAACGUGAAAGCUUUCUUACUACUACAAGCACAUAUGACGCGACUAACGUUACCCAACAGUGACUACCUGACUGACACCAAGUCGGUGCUCGAUCAAACUAUUAGGAUAUUGCAGGCAAUGAUAGACACAUCAGCAGAAAACGGCUGGCUUUCCGUCUGUCUAUCAUGUCAAAUGUUAAUGCAAGGCAUUGUCCAAGCAAGAUGGCCGACCGAAUCUCCCUUACUAACACUCCCACACAUAGACUCCCAACAUCUCUAUAUGUUUAGCCACAUGGCCAAAGACUCGAAUAAGCCAUGCCAUAUGCUCAACGGGCUUAAAGUGGCUUGUAUGAGGAAUUAUGAGCUACUGGCUAAAUAUUUGAGGAGGGAGUUCGAGGAGGGUCAAAUUGAACAGGUUCAUAGGGCAAUAAGUGAGAUGCCAACGCUAGAUAUAAAAAUGCGCAUACGCGGGUUGUGGUUCGACUGCGACGGCGAGCAGGACAAACCCGUGCAACAACCACCUGCCAGAGACCAUUGGAUACCGCUACAUGCUGAUCAGGAGUACACCCUUGUACUAGAGCUGAACCGUCGCGGCGGCAACCCUAACAACGUCCUCUGUCCCCGCUUCCCGCGCGGGAAGAAUGAAGGCUGGUUCGUCACCAUGGGUACUAUCGACCAGGGAGAGUUACAUGCCUUGAAACGAGUCCCGGCUAGGGGCAAUGCGCAGGUCACGUUCUAUACGCCAUCGGGUAAAGGUCGCAUAAUCUACACGAUAUACAUCAUGAGCGACAGCUACAUGGGCUUGGACCAACAAUACGACUUACAAAUAGAACUCAUGGACCCCUUACCACAAGAGAACGUCGAAAGAGUGUAUGAUAUCGACAAGACUAUCAUUGAAUAAACUGGCUUUGUAAAUGAAUAAAUAAAUUAUUUUAUAUUUAA